AUGAUUCAACCAGCGGAGGUUCCUUGUUUCUUGACCUCCCAUCAACCUUCGACAAUUACAAUGGCGACCACAGUGAACCCCAAAGCCUUUCCUCUUGCCGAUGCGCAACUCACAAACAAGAUUCUCGAUCUUGUCCAGCAAGCAUCCCACUACAAGCAGCUGAAAAAGGGUGCCAACGAAGCCACAAAAACACUCAACCGUGGUAUCUCCGAGUUCAUUGUCAUGACGGCUGACACUGAACCCCUCGAAAUUCUUCUCCACCUCCCCUUGCUCUGUGAAGAUAAGAACGUCCCAUACGUCUUCGUUCCAUCCAAAACCGCUCUUGGCCGUGCAUGUGGUGUUUCUCGACCAGUCGUUUCCUGCUCGGUCACUACAAACGAGGGAUCUGAGCUUAAACCUCAGAUCCAGGCGAUUAAGAACGAAAUUGAGCGUCUCUUGAUCUAAUGUCUCGUUGCGUAUUUAACGUCCUAUUGCAUAGUUACAUAGACACAUCAUAUUGCCCUUUGCCAUGAUGGUGUCAUCCGGGAAAUGCUCGUGGUUGCCGGGCAGCUUUUAGUCUUGGAUAGCAUCCUGAGCGUUAAUGUACGUAGUUUCUAGCAAUCAUCUUCUCUCAUGAUCCUUAGGUGAAGAGGUUGUAUUUACAAUAAAGGAAAGACUGAAGCGAAAUGUUUCCAAUAA